AUGCCCAAAUUUGCUUUUAAGCCCACAGUGAUCCUGCACGGAGGCGCUGGAAACAUUAAGCGAUCACACUUGCCGCCAGAUCUUUACCAGAAAUUUCGAACAUCCAUGCUGACGUACCUACGAUCAACAUACUCCCUAUUGAAUGGUGAGCAUGAUGGAGCCGAUGGAAAUGGAACUAAAAGCUUCGGGUGUUCUGCUCUGGAUGCCGCCGUGCAUGCUGUCAGUUUAAUGGAAGAUGAUCCUUUAUUUAACUGUGGGCGCGGUAGUGUAUUCACUACUGCUGGCACCAUCGAGAUGGAGGCAUCCGUCAUGGUUUGCUCUGUCACCCCCGACCACCACCCCCCAGACAUAGCUAUUGCCAAGAUCAAACGUGGUGCUGGGGUUAUGAUGGUUAAAAAUGUUCGGCACCCCAUUCAGUUAGCAAAGGAGGUGCUCCUUCGGACAGGCGAUGCCAAAGGCCAUGAGAAUGGAGGAAGCAUGCACUCUCAACUGUGUGGCCCAUACGUAGAGAAGCUAGCUAGGGAUUGGGGCCUGGAAUUCAAGCCCGACGAGUGGUUUUGGACGGAGAAAAGAUGGAAAGAGCACCUCGAUGGCUUAAAGAAGCCCAGGUUGGGAGCCUUGAUUGACCAGGACGCGGGUCUAUAUUUGAGUCAAGGCACUGUGGGCGCUGUGUGCCUUGAUCAAUGGGGGAAUAUCGCGGUGGCAACAAGCACUGGCGGCCUCACAAACAAACUUCCUGGAAGAAUCGGAGAUACACCAACGCUGGGAGCAGGGUUUUGGGCGGAGGAUUGGGAUACGAAAAGCGAUUUGCCAUGCUGUCGUCGUGCAGCUGCGGUGUCUGGCACCGGAAAUGGAGACUCGUUUCUUCGCACAGUCGCUGCAAGGACGGCUGUCGCAAGGGCGCGAUUCAGUCCAGCAGUUUCUCUCGCCCAUUCUAUCACUGAGAUGUGCGGGCCGGACGGGGAAUUACAACAGUCUGCCGGGGAUAGAUGGGGUCACACCGGGGAGGGAGUUGGCGGAAUGAUCGGAAUUGAGAUUUACUGUGCCAGGCCUGACCUUUUCCCUCAUAGUCUGAGCGAGGAAAAGAGUGACACGAGGUUGUUGGGAGGAAGAAUUGCGUUCGACUUCAACGGCACUGGAAUGUUCAGAGCGUGGAUGGAACAAGGGCCUGACGGCGAAGACCGGGAAGUGAUGAUGGUGUUCAGGGACGAAUACAAAUAA